CCUCCUCCACGGCCGCCGCCGCCGCGGGGCCCUAAAGCCGCCCGGCUCAAGAGGAUGGUGCGGCUGGCGGCCGAGCUGCUGCUGCUGCUGGGGCUCCUCCUGCUCACCCUGCACAUCACCGUGCUGCGCGGCGGCGGCGGCGGCGACCCCCACGGGCCCCCGGGCGCCGGCAACCACAGCCAGCGGCAGAACACACUCACUGCAGAUGACCAUUCUCCUGAAGACAGCUUCACCCUGAACCCUGAGGACAGAAGAGAAUACCCCGAUCUCCAGGCUGCCCACCGGCCAUUCCCCAAGCAGCGCUUCAGGCAGGAGAACGGGCAUACAUCCUUGCAAAGAGAUGGACCCAGAUCUUUCCUCCUGGAUCUCCCAAACUUCCCCGACCUGUCAAAAGCAGAUAUCAAUGGGCAGAAUCCAAACAUUCAGGUUACCAUUGAAGUGGUGGAUGGCCCUGACACCGAGACGGACAAGGAUCUGCAGAAAGAGAGCAGCAAGCCUAGCUGGCCAGUCCCAUCGCCUGAAUGGAGAAACUGGUGGCAAAGGUCCUCCACCUUGACUCGCAUGAGCAGCGGUGACCAGGACUACAAGUACGACAGCACUACUGAGGACAGCAACUUCCUAAACCCUCUCGGUGGGUGGGAUAGUCAUGCACCCAGUCACCGGACAUUUGAGUCCAAGGAGCAGCCAGAGUAUGAUUACAUGGACGGCAAGGGAGACUGGAGCCCGUGGUCCCUCUGCAGCGUCACCUGCGGCAGCGGCAACCAGAAGAGGACGAGGUCCUGUGGGUACGCCUGCACGGCCACCGAGUCACGGACCUGCGACCGGCCCAACUGCCCAGGGAUUGAAGAUACCUUCCGCACAGCUGCCACAGAAGUGAGCUUACUUGCAGGAAGUGAAGACUUCAAUGCUACCAAGCUGUUUGAAGUUGAUACUGAUAGCUGCGAAAGAUGGAUGAGCUGCAAAAGCGAGUUCUUGAAGAAAUACAUGCACAAAGUGGUCAAUGAUCUUCCCAGCUGCCCAUGCUCCUACCCCAGAGAAGUUGCAUACAGCACUGCUGAAAUCUAUGAUCGACUGAAGAGGAAAAACUUCCGCUGGAAAGAUGCGAGUGGUCCAAAGGAAAAACUGGAGAUCUAUAAACCCACUGCACGGUACUGCAUCCGCUCCAUGCUCUCUUUGGAAAGCACAACGCUUGCAGCACAGCACUGCUGCUACGAUGAUAAUAUGCAGCUGAUUACCAGAGGGAAAGGGGCAGGCACACCGAACCUGAUCAGCAUUGAAUUCUCCGCAGAACUCCAUUACAAAGUGGACAUUCUGCCUUGGAUUAUAUGCAAAGGUGACUGGAGCCGAUACAAUGAAGCGCGGCCUCCAAACAAUGGGCAGAAGUGCACAGAAAACCCUUCAGAUGAAGACUACUACAAGCAAUUUCAAGAAGCAAGGGAAUACUGAGAUGUUCCUCCUCUUGAGACACAAAAUAGCAUUCGUUUCCUGGAUGCCAAAGAACUGAUAACGGCUGCUGCAUUGUCUCCUUGACAGGGGUUGAUCAGUUUCUUUCUAAUGAAUGUAUAUAGUUGUAAUAUAAUACAUAAGUAUU